GCACAUGAAAUAGCAGCUACUGUCAGUUGCAGUGAAGCUUCCUCUGUGUAUUAAAUACUGAUCUUGGAAUAAGAUGAUUUCUUAUUGUCCAAUAUGCGGCAAACCUGUUUAUUUUGCUGAAAGAAAGCGCUCUUUAGGAAAAGAUUACCAUCCCCUUUGCCUUAAAUGCUUUCAGUGUAAAAGACAACUUACUGCAGGGCAGCAUGCUGAGUAUGAUGACAGGCCAUAUUGCAACAACUGCUAUCUUUUACAUUUUGGGCCACGAGCAACACGUGGUCCAGCAUCUCGUAAUCCUUAUGGCAGAGAAUCAUCUACUUCCUCCUCAACAACAGCUAAAGAGAACCAGAGCAAAUAAUGAAAAACUGUGAUAGUAAUCUUGAGCAUGUUUCCCUUUUCCUUUUUUUUUUUUUAUGGUGUCUUGAUCAAUAAAUCCUGUUUUAUAAAAUGUACAUGGAAUACCAGAGAAUGACAUUUGUAAACUAAAACAAACAUAGGCCUUUUUUUUGUAUUUGGUUGUAAAUGUUAUACCAUUCUGUCUUUAUUAUUGCUCCAUUUCUGAGACAUUUGUUUAAAAUGUUACUAAGUUGUUUGUUUCAAAAUAUAGAUACAAGGAGAUGAUAGUUAAUAUUUUAUUAAUUUACACAGGAGAAAAAGUGAAAUUGUGAAUGUAAAAAAAU